AAUUUAAAAAAAACCUGUACGUUGUUACAAUUCUCUAAACUACAAGCUAGUAUUGAACUUCAAGAUAGUAUUUCAAUUAGAUGGAUUUGUUUGGCAAUAACUUUGAAGAACAAGGAAGCAGUAUUUUGAAUUUUGAAAAUGAAGAAGUAAGAAACAUGAGCAUGGAAUCUGAACGAAUUGCACGAGAAAUAAAUUCAGCCUUUGUGGCAUAUAAACUAGGCAAUGACAUAAAAUAUACAGAGAAUAUGAACAAUAAGUUUUUCAAAUAUUGCGAAAAGAUGUAUAAAUUGCACAAUGAACAUCUUUAUAAAUUAUGUAGAGACGUAUUGCUUGAUUCAAAUGAGAAUAUCGAGACGUUUUUCAAAGACAUUUUAACAGAAAUGUUCAACGAUAAUGUCAUAAACUGGGGCCGUAUGAUGAUGGUUUUUGUGUUUGGAGCGAGGUUAGCUGUGUUAUGUAAAGAUAGAAAUAAAUCUGAUUUGAUUGAUCAAGUAAUACAGAGUGUAGACAAAUACGUGAAGACGGAAUUUUUGGAAUGGAUUAAUAUCAAAGGAGGUUGUAACAAUUUCGAUCAAUCGUAUACUCAACACAAACCGAUAGCAGAGAUUCCUCUAAUAAACGUUUCUUUUGGGUUAAUGUUAUGCCUAAUAGCAACUUUUUAUCUAUACAAACAUUUUGUCAAGGCUGAUAUAUGUGAAUUAUGUGUAUACAGACAACACUUUCUCCAGGAUGUUUCUUUGUCAGGCGUCAAAUGGUGUAUACAAUACCGAUAGGAACUAUGAUGGUGAACUUUACGAUAUAGAUGAACGGUUCAGAGUCAGAUGAAAAUGGUAAUGGAAUUUAACCCGAAGAAGAAAAUGAUUGUUUUAAUGAUCAUUAAAAGUAUUCAUAAGAACUGUAUAUAAACUAGCUGAAAAUAAAUUGAGAGCUUCUUUCGACACAUUUACUACCGACCUGCUUCCGACUAAAUUUUACUCAGUAUAUAUAUGUUUGUGUCCAAAAAUGUAUAAAAAGAGACUGCUAUGGUUGUCAAUUUGAUUGGCCUAGUCAAAUAGACCAUGAUGUCUGUCUUAUGAUGACGGAGAAGAAGCAGCUGGAAAAAUAUUUUAAUGAGGUAUUGAAUAAUAAUGGUUAUUUAGAUUUUGACAUUAUGUACAAUCAUUGGUUUUGGUUACGAGACGAAUCAAACAAGUUAACCUUUACAAUUCUAAUAAAUCAAAUUACAAAAGACGAAAAUCUAUAUAAUAAAAUGUUGAAUGUCAUGAAAAGUUAAGUAAAUGGAAUUGCAACGAUCUUAACUUAAUGCUAUGGAAAGCUAUUUUUUUCUCGUAUGUAUUACAUUUUUAUC